UAAAGUUUGAAACGUAUCUACGUACUUGCAUACUAGUGAAAUAUGGAUAACGUGGAUGAGAUCGAUGAACUGGAAGAAUUUUCUUUAUAUUCUGAAUUCAUGAAAUUAAUAAGCGAAUCAGUAGUCACUGAAAGUGUGGUCAAAUUAAGUGAAUAUGUUUCGUGUGACCAAAACGUCGAAGACAUGAUCAAUGAUGGAGAAGUAGAUGCUGAUGCCGAUAACGAAAUUUUGCAAUGCAUCAUUAACUUGAUCGAACUGGACUAUAUGCUGCAAGACGACUGUCCAAAAAAGAGACGCAAAGGUGAACGAAGAUGGGGAGUGCAUCCGAUAAAUCAAAUGAGACAGGAGCAAGGUCAUUUCAAUAAUCUCUUUGAGGAAAUGUUGGCUCAUGAUCACGACAAGUUUUUUAACUACACCAGGAUGACACCUGAAAGGUUCCAACACCUUUUUGAACUAAUCGAAUCAAGAAUUACAAAAUUUGCUCCGAAUGCUAUUCCGGCUAAGUGUAGACUUCUUCUAACGCUACGUUUUCUGGCAACUGGCGAUUCAUUGAAAAGUCUCCAUUAUAAUUUUCGAGUUGGGAUAUCUACAGCAUAUUACAUAAUAGGUGAAACUUGUGAUGCAUUGUGGGAUGUCUUACAGCCUAUCUAUUUGAAGUUUCCUGAAAAAAACGAUUGGAUAAGAAUUGAAUCCCAGUUUCGCGAAAAAUUAAAUCUUCCCAACUGUGCUGGCGCCAUGGAUGGAAAGCUGAUUGAAAUAUUUGCACCGAAUCGUUCAGGAUCACUAUAUUUCAACUACAACAAAUUUUUCAGUGAAAAUUUGCUGGCGGUUUGUGAUGCACUGAAAAAUUUCAUAUAUGUCGAUAUAGGUAGCUAUGGACAACAGACAGAUGGAGGUGUACUAUUUAAUUCAACGUUUGGCAAGCGAUUGGAUUUACACAAAUUAGAUUUUCCACCACCAACACCACUACCUCAUACUACAGUUCCUUUUCCAUUUUUUAUCAUCGCAGACAGUGCAUUCCCUUUGAAGGAACACUUAUUGACACCGUACGCUGGGAACCAACUUAACUUGUCAGACGCUGAAAUCAAUUUCAACAAUGAGCAUAGUAGUGUCCGAAAAAUAAUCGAAAACACAUUUGGUAUUUUGGUUAGACGAUGGCAGGUAUUUAGUGGACCGAUUGAAAUGCACCCAACAAACGUUGAUAAAAUAAUAAAAGCUGCCGUUGUUUUACACAAUUACAUCAAAUCAUUUGACGACCCUUCUGCGAUUCGGUACAUGCGUGAGGAUAGAUUCACACAUCCAGCUACGGAAUCAUUGCGAAGCUUCUACGAAGCAGGAUUGAAAUUACAUGCAGCUAAUGAGAGUGAAUAUGCUGGUGUUGUCAGGGAUACGUAUGCGAGCUACUUAAUGAAUGUAUUGUGA